CGAUAUAUCGAUCUUUGACAACAGAAGCCACCGUACACAGACCAGACCAACAGACCGCCAUUUAUUGUUAUUUUUUCAGCUACUCUCGCAAUUUGGCGAUUUUAGUGUUAGACAAGUGUUACCCGAAUUUAUAGAAUACAAAGAUUCAUUAGCAACUUACUGGAGCUAAGAGAAAGCCUGCGUUGCUUCUCCCAAAAUUUCAUUUGCGACUUGGUCUUCGUUGGAGGUUUAAAACCAUUUAACACGACGUCGUGUAGGUCGCCGUCAAAGAUUGUGAAGUCUUUUGGCGGACGCCACCGAGGUCUGCUUUGCUAUUGGAUUUCGCAUGGAGCGGAUCGUGCAUCGAUGUUGCGAUACCGUUUUCAUCGUUCAAGUCGUCACGUUGCUGACAUGAUCAUCACAUUCAAAGCAGAGACUGCUAUCUUGUUCAUCACUUGAGCACUGUGUGUAGUCUGAUGCCAGAUCACAGGAAUGGAUGUAAAUGAGUUUAGUAUAAGGGGAGAUGUGGACUGUAGAAAGCCACGACUUGUACAUACCAGUGAAUCGUCCAAUCACAAUGGACAUGUCAGCACAAUAAAUCUAUCCUAUCAGAUUGUUUUACAAGACCACAACUAUGGAGCCCCUCUACCCUCACACAACAAUGAAUCCCCUUUGUAUGCUGUCCAGUGUAAGCAAGAACCAUCUGAUUCCCAUACAUCCAGUGUUUUCCCUGUUUCACAUUCUCAGCGAGGAGGCAUUAAAACCCUCAAUCCCAGACCACCUUCCAUUAGCCCCCAGACAGGACGUGCAAAUAAACCAAAUGGUGUUAAUUCUGCAUCAACAAAACGACAAAGGACAAUCAGUGGUAAUAGCAAUGGAAUUGGACCUAAUUCUAACGUCAUCUCUCCCAAUCUGGCUGGGUCCCGACGGCCGGGAAUACACGAGACUCAUAAGAGCCACAAUAAUCUGCCAACCCCUCCAUUGGUGCCCAAAGGUUCUCCUGGAUUUCCCCCCUAUGCGGGCGAUUUAAACUCUCACCUCUACGCAUCAAUUUCAAGUGAAAAGACUUCCAUUAAGGAAGAAUCCAGAGGUCCGGCAAUCACCAACGGUUCGUCAGGCCUUUCCAACUAUUUAAGUGGUUGGUACCGGGGUAGUGGCGGGAACAAUACUGAGCGAGUGCGAUCGCGGUCGGACAUGCGCGACAGCUUCAACGAUGAUGAUUCCAACGAUGGCAGCUUAGGUAACAGCCCGCGCAUGGCCACCGAGACGGACCAUGAAGGCGAAGAAACUGAAACGGCAAAUGAGUGUGAGGAUGAAGAGGACGAACAGGAUGAUGUCGAUCUCGGUCUUCUUGGCGGAGGACGUGAUUUGACCAACGUUGAUGAAAGCGUUACACGCUGUAUUUGCAAAUUCGGACACGAUGAUGGUUAUAUGAUUUGUUGUGACAGAUGCUCUGUAUGGCAACAUGUCGAUUGCAUGAAUUUGGACCGUAAUAACAUACCCGAUGAGUUUCUGUGCGAGCUGUGCCAGCCACGUCGAGUCGAUCGGGCUAGAGCUCGUGCCAUACAAUAUCGUAAGCGUCAGGAAUUUCGCCUCGCCACCCCUCCUCCGUCAAGUAGCCUCGAUCGCGCGUUGGUGACCCGCAGAGAGAGAAGCAAGGACAGGACCAAAAAUGAUGAUUACAUUGACGUCGAAAAAACUUCCAAAAAGUUUCAAAAGAAUUCCACCAUCAACAAUACUGGGUCAAAGUAUACGCGGGGUGGUGCCAAAGGUGGAAGCGCUACAGCUGAUAGAAAUGAAAAAUUUCAGCGUGCUGGUAAGCGAGUCGGACAACCAAAAUGGAGAAGGAAGGGAAAUGAGAAGCAGGAAGAAUCCGCACCGCGAAAGAGAAAGAUGUUCCGAACUAAAUCUUCAUCGGACGUGAUCGAUGUUGGAGGUCCCUCGUCCUCGACUACCGAGAACAGUCCAUCAGGAGGUAGAAAUCAUCCCAGUGGUGAACUCUUACUGCAAUGGAUUGACCAUUAUGAAGAAGCGGUCACCAACCACUAUUCGCCCGAGUUGAGAGCUCGUGUAGCAGCCGUCCGACCAAAUGGAUUCGGUGGCGAACUGCUUUCUCCGCCUUCUUCAACGCCUGUUUACCGCCUCGCAAGUAAAGCUGGAGGUUACAAGACGUUAGUCGCCGCAAACCCGAUUCGCUGCGGGUCGCCUGUAAUCGAAUGUCGUGGAAAAUAUAUGCUGGCCAGCCAGCUGAGGCCGUACAAAUCGGGAGAUGGUCCUGGACUUAGUGGAUCCGGCGCGUCAGCUCUCCGCCCGACGCCUCAUAUCAUCUUCCACCACCUCUUAGCCAGUAGCACUGACAAUACCACACCUGCUGUAGAGAUGUGUGUUGAUGGCCGCAGUUACGGCAAUGAGGCUCGGUUUGUCUGGCAGUCCUGUCAGCCUAAUGCCGAGAUAAAGCACAAGGUUGAAAAAGGUUCUGUCCAUUUGUUUCUGGUAGCCAAGACUGAUAUCCUUGAAAGCGAGGAGAUCACUGUAGUGCACGAUGUCAAAAAUCCACUGCCUUGUCCGUACGAAGGUUGCCCGCACAUGAGGAAUAAGGACAGUGGAGCUCGAACUGGAUUAAGCCAAGCUACCAACCCAUUAUCAGUUCUCUCUCCAGUGGAAGCCGACCGUAAGCGCCGAAGGAGGAGAACAGAUUCGACAGCAAAUGAUCCUUCUUCCAGUGCCGCUAUUGGUGCGGUGAAUGUGACACCGGAAUCGUCGAUAGCGACACCGGUAGCUUCUGUCCCCAAUGCCCAGACUUCAGUACCAGCACCUCCACCUAUGCCGUGCGCCCUUCCACCAACGCCCGUCAAGCGCCAACAGCGUACUCCUUCCAAGGUUUCAGUCGUCGUUACAGAGGGUGAAGAUUCUCAAGAUGAUAGUAUAAACCCACAUGACGAGACAGACGGACAAGGCUCUAUGGACAACGAAUCUUCAUCUAAAAAGAAGCCAUUGUCACGCGAGGAAAGGAAGAUGGAAGCCAUUAUGAAAGCCUUUGAAAGAAUGGAAAAGGCCCAACAACGACGCCAAGAAUCGAUAGCCAAAACAACGCAUCGCAAAGAUCCUAGGGAUGACAAAGAUGAGCCAGGUGAUGAAGUAGACUCUCCACCUCCUUCCCAUGGAUCGGGAAACACUGGGGUUAUAGAGAAGCGUGUUAUGGUGGUACAAGAAGCCAGAAAUAAAACUUUCCGCAGAGGGCUUUGCAGGAAGCGAGGUGGUCGCAUGCGGAGAUCCAGUAGUGGAGCGAGUGUCAACGAGAGUUCACGUAUACGUAUGCGGGCAUUAUCCGGUGAGGUUCAUUCGGGGCAUUCGGCGACUGAAGAAGAAUCUGAGCAUGGUGGUAGCAGCAGUAGUCCCGGUCAACCCAAUCCAGGCACACCUAGCGAUGAUCCUUCUACUAUGGCAUUUAAAUGUCCUAAAACAAAGAAGGUGGUUUUCAAUAAUUGGAGUGGGGACGGAAGCGAGCUGAAUGGGAACAAAGGAGAUUCCAAUGACCUGCUGGGCGGUUCAAAUUCUCUCUCCCUUUCUGUGCCAGUAUGUUACAUGAGGAACCCCAACCCGCGAAGUCCAACCCGGCCUUUGCGGACAGCCCACCUGCGGUAUGGCGCGACGACAACCCAACAAUCUGCAUCAGACUCGAAACCUUCCUACAACAUGAUUUUGAAUGGUUGCAGGCCUUCUACCCUGGCUUCGUUGAAAUCCUCUGCGGGUUCGGCUUCUCCCGAUCCACACGGAGAGGGAGGACACUCCAACGAUGAAAAUUCCUGGACAGCGCCUUUACCUGGCAGUGGUGGGCCCGGCGGUUCGGCCAAAAAGCGCUGGUUGAGACAGGCCAUCAGUGAAGAAACCGAAACCGAGUCGCCAACCAGUGGCGGUUGUUUAGGUAUUGGUGGCUUCGGAUCAGGUGGUACUGUGCCAGCCAAUGAAGUGUUGGAUCACGUUACUCCUCUCAAAAAGAGGCGUUUAGCUAGAGCAUCUCUGUCAUCUGAGACGUCGUUCACGCCACCAUCGACACCUACACCAUCCAACGUUGGUGUCACCGGAUCGAGUGAAAAUGUUUCCAACGAAUCGGGAUUACAGCCGUUGAUGGAAAAGGAAGCGGAAUCCCUUUCAGCUGAAAAUAGUCGAGGAACUCCACCAGAGUUUGACGAUGGAUUAAGCGAAGGGAAUCAGGCGCAACAGCAACAAUCUGGUGGCCAUUCAAACGAAGCUUCUGAUCCACCCACUCCGCCACUACCGCCUGCGAUAGAAAUGGCGAAAGCCAUCGUUGGUUUGAGUUCGCCAACGAACGGUUACGUUAGUGAGUCUUCUCAGCAGAUCUGGGCAUCGCAGUCUGAGGAACAUGUACAAGUACCACCCGAGGCAAAUGUCGUUGCGUUCGCAUCGGUAGACGAGCACGUAAGCGCUGCAGCUGCCCUUACACAGUUUCAUGAAGGUGGCCUUUUUAUUUCGUCGUCUCGACCAACAUGGGAGUUUAGGGCUCCAGACGCCCAGUUUAUGCGGGGCCGGAAUCCUAGUGACGUGCCAGAUGCUGUAACUACGGAUGUUAUUCAAGAAGUUAUCCGUGAAGAGAAGCCUAAACCCGUGAAGAGAAAGCUCUCCAUUUUGGAAUAUAGACAACGCAAGCAAAUUGCGUUUAGUGACUGCAUAGAUGCGCCGACAAAAGAAGAACCGAACGGAAAUGAAACUUCAACGCUCAAGGUACAGCGAGACUCGAUGGUUGAGGAGAAUUCCGAUUCUAACCCAGCCAUGUUAACGAGGACCAAAGAUCCGCCGAUUCUCGCGGCGGAUGAUUCUCACUCAAAGUCCGAGAGCACUGCGGAUGAUUCCAACACAAAUUCGUCUUAUGAAGCAGACGAAGAAACACCCACAUCUAUCUAAGAAAAAGAAGGGAAAAAAUGAAAAAUUAAAAAGAUGGAAUUGCGAUGGAGAAGCGACAACUACACAAGCCACAAGUAAGGGGAAAAUUGAUUUUCCCUACCCUGAGAUAAUUGCUAAUGCGUUUGUUGGUUGAUUAACCCCUUUUUUUCUAACAUUUACCCAGAUAUUUUUUUAUUAUUAUUUUUAUUACUAUUAUUAUUAUUAUUAUAAAUUCAGAGCACUUGGAGGGUUGGGAUUUCCGUUUAUCAUUUCACACUUGUCUUCUGAAAAAAAGAAAGGAGAGUUUUGAGCACCGUCGGGACCGGCUGCAAAAUCUUUCGCCCUCUCCCCAAUUCACUUUGCGCCUUUUCCUUUCAUUUCAUCUCUCACGCUUUGUCUCUAGACACUCACAAACGAUUCGUUAUCGAAAACGAAAAGAAAACAAUUGAAAACCAGAGCCCCUUUACGAGUUACCUUUUUUGAUCUCCGAUUUUCCCUCUUUUUUUUUUUUUUUUCCUUUCUUAUUUUUCCCUUUUUUCGUCAUUCAGUUUGUACCGUGUUUUCUUUUUUCUACCAACCCUGCGUUCCUUCUUUCUCUCUGUCUGUUCUUCGCGUACACCAGACACUAUAUUAUUAUUAUUCCUCUCUUUUGUUCAUGAUAAUUUGGCCGGCUUUAUUAUCGCUUUGUUUUUCACGCCUUUCUCGUGGGCUGCGUGAGUGUUCUAUAUUGUAUCGGUGGGGGUUUUUUCUUUGAAUGUUUGAUUUACGCGUACACGGCUGGAGUAGCGCCUCCGAUUGACCUGUUUUUCUCUGCUGACCUUAAAGUAAAAAGAAGAAAAAAAGGGGGGAGUUAAGAAAUAUGUGAAAACGAAGUGACUUUUGAGAUGCAUCCUACACAUACUAUAUUAAACACUGAAAAAUCCGCCAUGCUCUAUACAUGUAUAUUUUUGUCGUCUCGGAAGGUGGUGGGCGGAAAAGAAACACGUAUGAUUGGUUCAACUGUACCUGCGAUAUUACUAAGGCGUGUUGUGUUGGUUUGUUUUGUUCCCUUGCCUCUUCUUUUGUUUUUGUUUUCGUUUUUUUUUUUUUUCUUCGUUUUUUUUUUUUAUAUUUUUGUCGCGAAUGCCCACUUUUCUUGUCGUUUACCGAAAAUAUUGUAUUUCUUUUUUGUCCCAUCUUUCACGCGGGAAAGAUUCGGAUAGUAUUUUUGUUUUGUCGAAUGUCGUUCUUCCGAUUCUUUCCGUUUUCCCUUUCCCUUGUUUUCUUUGAAUACCAGACUAUAAAACAAAAAUACAGAAAUAUGGGAAAUGGUUAAA